AUGAAUCGUACAUUACUCCAAGGAGUGCGAGUGAUAGAAAUGGCGGGCCUCGCACCAGUACCACAUUGCGGAAUGGUGCUUGCAGAUUUUGGAGCUCAUGUCACUCUCAUUGAAAAGCCACAUGAUGCAGAAGGUAUCGCCAUAGAGCAACGAAUGGCAAACAGGAAAACCGUACGCAGCUUAGACCUAAAAUCACCUAAAGAUCUUGAUGUGCUGAGACAGCUCUGUCGAACCACUGAUGUCCUUCUCGACCCCUAUCGACCAGGAGUUUUGGAAAAAAUCGGUCUCGAUCCAGUGAAGCUUCUCAAAAGAGGAGGCGGAACAUGUGUGGGUGGAUCAACUCAUUGA